AUGUCUCAUAUUGAUCGUUACACCUUCAAUGAAGAUCUUUUCCCAGUCAAGAAUCACUGCCGUAUACUCAAUGAAGAUGUUCGAAAAGAAGUAAUAAAAUAUCUCGAUGAAGAACAGAAUUUCUUCAAGAAGAAAAAUCUUUCUAAAAUUAUUGUUGAGAAGAAUAAAAUUGUUUAUGCAAUCAACAGUGACCCUAAUAAGCACAGACAUAUCGCUAUUAUUGCUCAAGCUUCAAAGAUCCUUCAUGAUAAUAUAUUGGGUGCAAAAUUAUUUUUCAUGCUCAUGCAUGCAGAAAUCAAUGAUCCAAACAUCGAAACAUAUGAAGAUGUCGUACAAAUUCUUAACAUCGAAAAGUCCGUAAACAUUCAUCCUUUUUUAACUUUCAAAUAUUAUUACUGCGGAAAAUUUUUUUCAUCAGCACUUGAAAACAUAAUAAAUCAUUUCUUUGACAAUCGCCAAUACGAUAUAACAUUUGAAUCCAAUCGUAUCACAUCUGGUUAUUUUUUCAACAUUUAUGUCGAUAGCUUCUUUGGAUUUUAUUCUUCGGUCAGAUCUCAUAUACUAGGUAUUCGUUUGCCAAAUACAGAUGAUUCAGAAGUUCAAUUUACAGAAUGA